CACCCAGCAAAAAAGUGAGAAAUUUGCUUGCCAUCUUCUUAGACUUCGCAUUAACUCCUUGAUAAUUCUUCGCAUCAACUCUCGCAUCGCAGAAAGUAUUCGACUCCGAUGGUUGGAACCCUUGAUUAAUCUCAUUAGUUGCUGAAUUACACUAUUAACCGAAUCUGACGGCACAAAGUUGAAGUUACGUUGAAGUAUACGACUUGGAAUUUCUUCUUCAGAUCCAUCUCCAAGUGGCUUUUCAAUUGCAUUUCUGCAGAGGUGCAAACUGAAAAAUGCUUCGAUUAAGGGCCUUCCGGCCGACAAAUGAUAAAAUUGUGAAGAUUCAUAUGCACCCAACACAUCCGUGGCUCGUUACAGCAGAUGCAUCGGAUCACGUUUCUGUCUGGAAUUGGGAACACCGCCAGGUGAUUUAUGAGCUGAAGCCUGGGGGUGUAGAUGAGAGGCGUUUGGUUGGGGCCAAGCUUGAGAAGCUUGCUGAGGGUGAAUCAGAUUCUAGAGGGAAACCAACAGAAGCGAUACGAGGUGGGAGUGUUAGGCAGGUUAGCUUUUAUGAUGAUGAUGUGCGCUUUUGGCAACUUUGGUGCAAUCGUUCUGCCGCUGCUGAGGCUCCAACAGCUGUCAGUAAUGUGACUUCUGGUUUUAGUUCUCCUGCCCCAUCAACAAAAGGAAGACAUUUUCUUGUCAUAUGUUGCGAGAACAAAGCCAUUUUCUUGGAUUUGGUGACAAUGCGUGGCCGUGAUGUACCCAAGCAGGACCUUGACAACAAACCACUUAUGUGCAUGGAGUUCCUCUCAAGAUCAAGUGGUGGUGAAGGCCCUCUUGUGGCUUUUGGUGGCUCAGACGGUGUGAUAAGAGUUCUCUCCAUGAUAACAUGGAAGAUUGCACGAAGAUACACUGGAGGCCAUAAAGGAGCAAUUUCUUGUCUGAUGACAUUUGUUGCUGCAUCUGGAGAGGCACUUUUGGUUUCUGGUGGCAGUGAUGGUCUGCUGAUUCUUUGGAGUGCAGACCAUGCUCAUGAUCAUCGGGAACUUGUACCUAAACUGAGUUUAAAGGCCCAUGAUGGUGGUGUUAUUGCUGUGGAGCUUUCUAGAGUGAUGGGUAGUGCUCCCCAGCUCAUUACAAUUGGAGCUGAUAAAACAUUAGCUAUAUGGGACACAAUUGCAUUUAAGGAAUUACGUAGAAUAAAACCAGUUUCGAAGUUGACAUGCCAUAGUGUGGCAUCUUGGUGUCACCCUCGGGCUCCAAACCUUGAUAUCUUGACAUGUGUUAAAGAUUCCCAUAUUUGGGCUAUUGAACACCCCACUUAUUCAGCUCUUACAAGGCCUUUAUGUGAACUUUCCUCACUAGUCCCUCCACAACUACUUGCUUCACACAAGAAGCUCAGAGUGUACUCCAUGGUUGCACAUCCUCUACAGCCGCAUCUUGUUGCAACUGGAACCAAUAUAGGUGUUAUUUUGUGUGAAUUUGAUGCCCGGUCUCUUCCACCUGUUGCUCCAUUACCAACACCUCCAGGAAGUCGUGAACAUACAGCUAUCUAUGUGGUUGAGAGGGAAUUGAAGCUUCUACAAUUCCAAUUGUCCAACACUGCCAGUCCAGGCCUUGGAAGCAAUGGAUCCUUGAGUGACACGGGAAGGUUCAGAGUAGACACUCCUGAACAACUCUUCGUUAAGCAAACUAAAAAGCAUAUUACUACCCCUGUUCCACAUGAUUCUUACUCUGUUCUUUCUGUAAGCAGUUCAGGAAAGUAUGUGGCAAUUGUAUGGCCUGAUAUACCUUACUUUGCGGUCUAUAAGGUAAUUGAUUGGACAAUAGUUGAUUCUGGCAGUGCAAGAUUAUUGGCAUGGGACAUUUGUAGGGAUAGAUUUGCUUUGCUAGAAUCUGCACUACCUCCUAGGAUGCCCAUAGCUCCUAAAGGCAGUUCAUCAAAAAAAGCAAAGGAAGCAGCAGCGGCACAAGCUGCAGCCGCAGCUGCUUCUGCCGCUUCAUCUGCUACUAUUCAAGCCCGUAUCUUAUUGGAUGAUGGGACCUCUAAUGUGCUAAUGAGGACGGUAGGAACCCGCAGUGAACCGGUUAUUGGCUUGCAUGGUGGUGCACUACUCGGUGUUGCCUAUCGAACAUCUCGGAGGAUUAGUCCUGCUGCCGCGACGGCAAUUUCAACUAUCCAGUCCAUGCCAUUGUCAGGGUUUGGGAAUGGUGCUGCUUCUUCGUUCAACACCUUUGAUGAUGGAUUUUCUUCUCAUCGACCUUCAACCGAAGCAGCUGCACAGAACUUUCAAUUGUACAGCUGGGAAACUUUUGAGCCAGUGGGUGCUCUUCUCCCACAACCCGAUUGGACAGCAUGGGAUCAAACUGUUGAGUAUUGUGCUUUUGGUUAUCCUCAAUACAUUGUCAUAUCUUCCUUGCGUCCUCAGUUUAGAUGCCUGGGAGAUGUGGCAAUUCCAUAUGCUACUGGGGGUGUUUGGCAACGGAGGCAGUUAUUUGUCGCUACACCCACUACCAUCGAGUGUGUAUUUGUUGAUGCUGGUGUCGCACUUGUCGACAUAGAGACAAAACGCAGAAAAGAAGAGAUACGACAGAAGGAAGCACAGGCACGAGCCGUUGCGGAGCAUGGAGAGUUAGCAUUGAUAACAGUUGACAGCAAGCAAACUGCUUCUCAAGAGAGGAUUGCAUUAAGACCCCCAAUGCUACAGGUUGUCCGGUUAGCUUCUUUUCAGAAUUCGCCCUCUGUUCCCCCAUUCUUGAGUUUGCCAAAGCAAUCCAAGGCUGGUAGUGAUGAUUCUGGGAUGCCUAAAGAGACAGCAGAAGAGAGGAGAGUUAAUGAAGUUGCUGUUGGUGGUGGCGGGGUCGCAGUUGCUGUCACGCGCUUUCCAGCAGAACAAAAGAGACCAGUUGGACCUCUUGUCAUCGUGGGUGUCAGGGAUGGAGUUUUGUGGCUGGUGGAUAGGUAUAUGUGUGCGCAUGCAAUAUCUCUCAGCCAUCCCGGUAUCCGUUGCCGCUGUCUUGCAGCUUUUGGGGAUGCUGUUAGUGCGGUGAAAUGGGCAAUUCGACUUGGUAGGGAACAUCAUGAUGACCUGGCACAAUUUAUGCUUGGGAUGGGUUAUGCUACCGAAGCGCUGCACUUGCCUGGAAUAUCUAAAAGGCUGGAGUUUGAUUUGGCUAUGCAGAGCAAUGAUUUAAGAAGAGCACUUCAGUGUCUGCUGACAAUGAGCAACAGCAGGGAUAUAGGUCAAGAAGCUCUCGGUUUGGAUCUGAAAGAUAUUAUGAGCUUGACUGAAAAGAAGGAGAAUGUCGUGGAAGCUGUUCAAGGAAUUGUAAAAUUUGCAAAGGAGUUUGUGGACCUUAUUGAUGCUGCGGAUGCCACGGGGCAAUCUGACAUUGCUCGUGAAGCUCUUAAAAGAUUAGCAGCCGCAGGUGCGGUUAAGGGGGCUUUACAAGGUCAGGAGUUAAGAGGGGUUGCUUUGAGGCUAGCUAAUCAUGGGGAAUUAACACGGCUCGCUAAUUUGGUUAACAACUUGAUAUCAGUUGGUUCUGGACGAGAAGCAGCAUUUGCAGCUGCACUUUUGGGUGACAAUGUACUUAUGGAGAAAGCAUGGCAGGAAACAGGAAUGCUUGCGGAGGCUGUUCUUCAUGCUCAUGCUCAUGGGCGACCUUCAUUGAGGUCCUUGGUUCAGUCCUGGAACAAAACGCUGCAAAAAGAAAUGGAGCACAUCUCUUCAACAAAAACUGAUGCUGCUGCUGCUUUUCUAGCCUCUCUAGAGGAACCCAAGCUGACAAGUCUAGCAGAUGCUGCAAAAAAGCCCCCUGUUGAAAUUCUCCCUCCUGGGAUGGCAUCAUUGUAUGGUCCAAUUCCUGGUCAAACAAAUCCAUCCGUAGGCAAGCAGCAAGGUUUACUUCAGAAACCUGAUAAACCGACCUUGCUACUAGAAGGUUCUCAGACGAUGACGACGACAACCACAACUCCAACGGUUCCUCCAGCCUUAGAAACAGGCGUUCCACCUAACCCCGAACCAGAGACUGCAUCACUGUCAUCUUCUGAUGCUCUGCCACAAGAAUCUGCACCACCACCACAACCCUCAGAAGAAUCAAGUGAGGCUGCCCCACAAUCAAUUUCACCCCCAAGCACAGAAUUGAACCCUAAAGAAGAUUUGAAUAGUCAUAAUCAGGACAUGGCCACGUCACCAUUGGAUGCUUUUGAUCUUUCGUUAACUGCAACUGAGCAGAAUGUAACUUCAACGUCUAAUGAUAGUGUUUCAUCCUCAGUUGAGGUGGCGGCCACCCAGAAACCUGGUAACAACAAGGUAAAGGCCAUUCUAGAUGAGCUACAAAUGAUCGACUUUUCUUGACAUGCCUUUCAUCCAAGUUUUUCAUAUUGGUUUCCGCACAGCAGUUGAUGUGCGGCUUUUUGUGCUUGUAUAUUAGCUAUAGCAAAGAGCAAUUAGCAUUCUUUUUCCCGAGCCUUUCGUGUGCUGCAGUCACCUUUGCAUUUGUAAUUUGUUAUAAUCCAUAUUUGAGGGCUUGAUUUUGUUGUUAGUGCAUAUUAUGUGAAUUAAUAAUAUCUUUUUGCCUUAUUGCAUUCAGG